AUGCCUUGGGGGCAGGAUUCGUUGAGUCGGCGAGACGCGUUAGAGCGCGCUGCGCCGAAAGAGGCGGAUACGACGUCGGUCGCCUCGGAUGUGCCGCCUAUCAAGCAGCUGGCGCUGCGACGCACGUCCGUGCUCCGCAGCCAGUGGUCCAAGAUGGUGGCGCUGGACUGGUCGCAGGACAGCCAGCACAUUCUCACAGCGUCGCAAGACGGCUACAUGAUCGUGUGGAAUGCCGAGGAAGGGUACAAGGUCCAGGCUAUGAAGCUGCCUGUGCUCUGGGUCCUGUGCUGCGCCUAUUCGCCUUCGGGACGACUCGUCGCGUCGGGCGGCCUGGACAAUGCGUGCACGCUGUACAAUAUGGCUGAGCGCAAGAAGCCGUACGACGUGCCGAUGGCCAAGCGGCUGCUGCGUCACAAGGACUAUAUCAGCGCGUGCCGCUUCGCCAGCGACCAUGAGCUGUGGACGGCGUCCGGCGACGGCACCGUGAUGCAGUGGGAUGUCCAAAGCGACCAAGUCGUGUCUACGCUCGAUGCGAAGCAGGGAGAUGUGCUGUGCCUGCAAAUGUCGCCCACGGACCCACACACGCUUCUGACGGGCGGAACAAGUGCGCUCGUGCACAUGUGGGACAAGCGCACCACCGGCAUCGUGCGCACGUUUGAGGGCCACCGAGCCGAUGUCAAUGCUCUCGACUUUUUUCCCGACGGGAGUGCCUUUGCCACGGCGUGUGAGGACUCGCUGUGCCGCCUCUUUGACGUGCGGACCGGCAGCGAGCUCCUGUCGCUGGAUCGUCCGCCGCCACGCUCGGCCGCUACGGCCGUGGCCUUUUCGUCCUCGGGCCGCCUGCUGUUCAGUGGGUACGACACCCACAAGAUGUGCGUGUGGGACACGCUGCGUGGCGAGCGCAUCAGCAUGCUGCAUGCGGGCCACACGCACAUGGCGUAUCUGGGCCGCAGUCCGGACGGCAGGUUCGUCGCAUCGGCCGGCUGGGACGGCAAGACCAUAGUAUGGGGUAUCUAG